AUGAAGCUUCUGGAAGAAUCAUCUCCUAAAAGUUCAGCAGUCAGUUUAGAUCUCCUCAAUCUAUAUGUUGUUAACCAGAUAUCAACAAAAAAAGACAACACCGAGAACAAGAGGAAGCCAGUCCACACUGAUAUCACUGAAGAUGUAAAAAUACCUGUUAGGAGGUACAACCUAGAGCUUCCCAUGUCACCAGUACGUACACAACAUACAUCAAACUUAGAUGACCUCCAGAACAGUUUACAAAAGCAAGUAUUGGACAGCAGAAGGCAGCAUCUCUUAGAGAAAGUAAAAUACCAGCACAAUCCAGGAAAGAGUUCUGAUCAGGACCCUUGGAUUACAAAACUUCCAAGCCAGUGUAUUUUCAGGAAGUCUGAUACAGUGCCUCAGGAACUGUUUAAGCCAUUGCGUAGGUACACCUCACCGCCAACCCCCAGGCUAGACUGUAUGAAUUCCACCAGGAAAAAUCCUGUGAUAAUGACCAGUAAUGAAUCAGAAAACAGUGAAGGAAUAAAAGAACUAUUGUUUGACGUUGUGGAAGAAACUGCAGAACUUAAAUCUCCCCAAGAUGGACGCAAUUGUUCCUUUCUGGCACUGUUUGAAGAUGAGAGACAGCCAAUCCAUAAUACUCCUUCCACAAAGCAUUUUAAUCCUUUUAUUAACCAAAGCAGUACUGCCAUUUUUUUCAUUGAUCCUGAUGAUAGAUAUCAAAUGACCAACAGAAAUUAUCCUUAUGAUACUAUAGAGGCUUAUCCUACAAUCACUGCAAAAAAUUCAGUGGACAGACACCUUAAAGGUGUUUUCACAGCUCCAGAACAGGUUUUACUUAAAAGUAACAAUGCCUCAAGUGCAAGCUACAAGAAAACCAGUGGCCCUCAUAAAACCCACCUGCAGGACUGUCAUGAGGAACAGCACUACUUCAUACCCUCUGAAAAGAAAGAAAAACCUGUAAACCUUGAAAAAAAUGGUAUAUUUGCUAAUCACCAUGAUCAUCGGAUUAACUUAAAAGAUGAUGUGCAGAACUAUUCAAGAAAAAAAAGUGACGAUGAGUCUGUGAAAGAAUCAGCCUGGAGACAGAACGAGCUCUUUGGCUUUGAAGAGUUCACAACAGCACAAGAGAAAGAAUAUAAGUCUGGCGUGAGUUCAAAUCUUCACAAGAUGGAGAAGGAUGUGGAGUCAUCACUCAGCAGCCAGUCUCCCAGUUACUCUCCAAGGCAGACAGAGAGCUGUAUCAGCUCUAGCCCUGACAUGUCUGAAGAGGAAGACACAGCUAAAAAGAAGAAAUACCCGAAUGAACGGUCCCUGAAGACAGGUGAUGCCAGCCUCAUCUCAGCCUCAGCCAGCACAGAGUCCCCCAAGACCUCUCACACCAGAGCCGUGCCUCUCCGGCCCAGAAGUAUUUUGCCUAGAGAGGAAGCAACCCACCUGCAGGAGAAAGACUCUCUUUUACAUGCCACAGAGGAGGAAAAUAAAAACCACCCUGCCCCACCUGAGUGCAGCUCAUUACACCAAGCCCUUAACAGACAGCAUGUGGCUCGCAGCACGAGGUGCGAUGUUUGGUCGCAGACUGAGAGCUCUGUUAUGGAAGUAGAGAAGGUGGAUGUGUCCACCCAGUGUGGCACCCUGCAGGUGUGCAGCUGCGGGAGCUCCCUCCCUGCUGCCCGCAGCCCAGGGGGGGUUCCUGCUCCCAGCACUGCUGGAGGGCACAAAAUGGCAGCCCCUGAGGUGCUGCGGCCUGCGGGCACCAGCAGCGCGAUGGGAGCAGUGCCGUUUUCUCCUGAGGCCGAGUACCUGAGUUUGGCUGGCAGAAGGACUCUAGAGGUGCUGAGCUACAUUGAUAUAAUGAAGGAGAGAGAGAAGCAGUGA